AUGGCUCAGAGGCUGAUGCACUCAUGCAAGGCUCACAUCACGUCUCUCCCCUCCAACGACGUCGCUGCCGACGAACGCGCCACCGAUCGCUUCGUCGACUCUCUCUCGCGCACGCCCGCCGACGACGCCGAGAUGGCGCUGCCGCGGCGCGACAUGCCGGCGCUGGAGAAGUCCGGGCGGCCCACGUGGCUCGCCGACUUGCUCCUUGCGCUGCGCCGCUCUGCUCGCCUGCGCCUCAUGCUGCUGCUCCUCGUCGCGGCGCUCGUCAUUGGCGCGUUUGCCGCGGCCUUUGCGCCCGCGGGCGUCAAGGGCAAGAUGUAUAGCUGGGGCACGGAGAGGUGGCACGGUAAGGCAAGGCCGUAUGAUUGGGAUCAGCAGGUGGGAUAUGCUGGCAUCACAAAGACGGGCGCACCCGCUGGCCUGGCGCAGACGCACGCCGGCGGCUCGCCGACGAGAGGCAGCGCGGCCAUCGAGACGCGCCUGCCCGCGCUCAAGGAGACGGGCUUUAGGCCAUUCGAGCACAUGGGUCCUCUAUCGCCUUACGUCGCAGCGUCCGACUUUGGCGUCGACAACACUAAGCAUCGCGACCUCCCCGCGGGCUGUGCCGUUUCCAAAGUACACAUUCUGCAUCGGCACGGCUCGCGCUACCCGACCACGGGCGCUGCACCCGAGGCACUGCGCGCCUUCCACGCCUCCUCUGCCUCGUCGUCGUCGUCGUCGUCGUCGUCGGCGGCGCGCUUCAGCGGGCCGCUGGCCUUUCUGAACACGUGGCGCUACAAGCUGGGCGCCGAACUGCUCGUGCCGCUGGGCCGCGCCCAGCUCGUCGAGAGCGGCGUCAAGAGCGCUGUGGAGUAUGGCACGCUGAUGGCGCUCGACACUGCCCCGCCCUCCUCCUCCUCCUCCUCCUCGGCGGCGGGCAAGGAAGGCGCGCAGCAGCCGCAGCAGAAGAUGCUCGUGCGCGCAGGCAGCCAACACCGCAUCGUCGAGAGCGCCACGAGCUGGCUCGUGGGCGUGUGGGGCGCGGCGUGGCGCGAGAAGGUCCAUCUGGAGGUGCAGAUUGAAGCAGAGGGCUUCAACACUACCCUCGCGCCCAACUUUGCUUGUCCCGCCGCUGGGAGGGAGCACCCCGUCUGA